AUGGGCAUUGGAAUGGGCAUGGAAAUGCGCAUGGAAAUGGGCAUGGGAUGGGACAUGGGCAUUGGAAUGGGCAUGGAAAUGCGCAUGGAAAUGGGCAUGGGAUGGGACAUGGGCAUUGGAAUGGGCAUGGAAAUGCGCAUGGAAAUGGGCAUGGGAUGGGACAUGGGCAUUGGAAUGGGCAUGGAAAUGCGCAUGGAAAUGGGCAUGGGAUGGGACAUGGGCAUUGGAAUGGGCAUGGAAAUGCGCAUGGAAAUGGGCAUGGGAUGGGACAUGGGCAUUGGAAUGGGCAUGGAAAUGCGCAUGGAAAUGGGCAUGGGAUGGGACAUGGGCAUUGGAAUGGGCAUGGAAAUGCGCAUGGAAAUGGGCAUGGGAUGGGACAUGGGCAUUGGAAUGGGCAUGGAAAUGCGCAUGGAAAUGGGCAUGGGAUGGGACAUGGGCAUUGGAAUGGGCAUGGAAAUGCGCAUGGAAAUGGGCAUGGGAUGGGACAUGGGCAUUGGAAUGGGCAUGGAAAUGCGCAUGGAAAUGGGCAUGGGAUGGGACAUGGGCAUUGGAAUGGGCAUGGAAAUGCGCAUGGAAAUGGGCAUGGGAUGGGACAUGGGCAUUGGAAUGGGCAUGGAAAUGCGCAUGGAAAUGGGCAUGGGAUGGGACAUGGGCAUUGGAAUGGGCAUGGAAAUGCGCAUGGAAAUGGGCAUGGGAUGGGACAUGGGCAUUGGAAUGGGCAUGGAAAUGCGCAUGGAAAUGGGCAUGGGAUGGGACAUGGGCAUUGGAAUGGGCAUGGAAAUGCGCAUGGAAAUGGGCAUGGGAUGGGACAUGGGCAUUGGAAUGGGCAUGGAAAUGCGCAUGGAAAUGGGCAUGGGAUGGGACAUGGGCAUUGGAAUGGGCAUGGAAAUGCGCAUGGAAAUGGGCAUGGGAUGGGACAUGGGCAUUGGAAUGGGCAUGGAAAUGCGCAUGGAAAUGGGCAUGGGAUGGGACAUGGGCAUUGGAAUGGGCAUGGAAAUGCGCAUGGAAAUGGGCAUGGGAUGGGACAUGGGCAUUGGAAUGGGCAUGGAAAUGCGCAUGGAAAUGGGCAUGGGAUGGGACAUGGGCAUUGGAAUGGGCAUGGAAAUGCGCAUGGAAAUGGGCAUGGGAUGGGACAUGGGCAUUGGAAUGGGCAUGGAAAUGCGCAUGGAAAUGGGCAUGGGAUGGGACAUGGGCAUUGGAAUGGGCAUGGAAAUGCGCAUGGAAAUGGGCAUGGGAUGGGACAUGGGCAUUGGAAUGGGCAUGGAAAUGCGCAUGGAAAUGGGCAUGGGAUGGGACAUGGGCAUUGGAAUGGGCAUGGAAAUGCGCAUGGAAAUGGGCAUGGGAUGGGACAUGGGCAUUGGAAUGGGCAUGGAAAUGCGCAUGGAAAUGGGCAUCGGAUGGGACAUGGGCAUUGGAAUGGGCAUGGAAAUGCGCAUGGAAAUGGGCAUGGGAUGGGACAUGGGCAUUGGAAUGGGCAUGGAAAUGCGCAUGGAAAUGGGCAUGGGAUGGGACAUGGGCAUUGGAAUGGGCAUGGAAAUGCGCAUGGAAAUGGGCAUGGGAUGGGACAUGGGCAUUGGAAUGGGCAUGGAAAUGCGCAUGGAAAUGGGCAUGGGAUGGGACAUGGGCAUUGGAAUGGGCAUGGAAAUGCGCAUGGAAAUGGGCAUGGGAUGGGACAUGGGCAUUGGAAUGGGCAUGGAAAUGCGCAUGGAAAUGGGCAUGGGAUGGGACAUGGGCAUUGGAAUGGGCAUGGAAAUGCGCAUGGAAAUGGGCAUGGGAUGGGACAUGGGCAUUGGAAUGGGCAUGGAAAUGCGCAUGGAAAUGGGCAUGGGAUGGGACAUGGGCAUUGGAAUGGGCAUGGAAAUGCGCAUGGAAAUGGGCAUGGGAUGGGACAUGGGCAUUGGAAUGGGCAUGGAAAUGCGCAUGGAAAUGGGCAUGGGAUGGGACAUGGGCAUUGGAAUGGGCAUGGAAAUGCGCAUGGAAAUGGGCAUGGGAUGGGACAUGGGCAUUGGAAUGGGCAUGGAAAUGCGCAUGGAAAUGGGCAUGGGAUGGGACAUGGGCAUUGGAAUGGGCAUGGAAAUGCGCAUGGAAAUGGGCAUGGGAUGGGACAUGGGCAUUGGAAUGGGGGCAUGGGCAGGGUCAUGUGUUUCUUCCUCUUUGCGGGAUCUCAUCGCGCUGCUUUCCCCUCUUCCUCCCUCCCUUCUCCUUCCCUUCCUCUGCUCCAGGAACGCGACCGGAAAUUACAAUCUGCUCGUCGAGGCGAUGCUGGUGGACGCGGCGGGCGGUCCGCCCGACUCGCUGGCGAUCGUGAGGGGCGCCGUGUGCGACGCCGCCGCGACGGACGUGCUCGCGCUGCCACUCGCCGCGACGGACUGGCAGCAGCGCGCAGGGUGGUGGCUGCUGCACGCGGAGGCGCGCCUCGACGCGUUCCUCGAGAACGCGGACGCCGCCACCCUCGACGCGCUGCUCGCCGUGCUCCCCACCGCCUCGCCUCCGCCCACCAGCGGCGGCGGGCGCAACGGCGGGGGUAGCAGCGCUGGAGGCGCGCGGAACGGGCAGGGUGGGAGGCGCAUGGGGCGGGAGCUGCUGAUGCGCGCAUUCGGCCGCGCUGCUAGGCCCGGGGGUCAGAAGCAGGGGGGACAGCAGCAGGGUGGAGCGCAGCAGGCGCCUGCAGUGAGCGGGUAUGCUGUGCUGGCGGGCAGCAGCGCAGCAGGUGUGACGUGGGGCGGGCAGCUCAUGGGCGCCAAGAUGCCCGCCGCUGCUGUUUAA